GAACGACUGCGCUAGAUGCGGCGUACUUAGUCGACGACUCGACCUCAUCUGGAGAAACUGACAAUGAAUACAAUAAGGAUGCAGAUGAAAUUGAAUUUGCAAAGUGACGAAGGUACGGAUUUUGCUUUUUUAAAAGAUGUGGGAGCUUGGCCAAGUAAAAUAUUUCCAUCUUUUCGCGACCUGAUGAUAGCCCAAGGUACAAAAAAUCUCCAGAAUGUUGACUCAGCGUUUCCACAGGAUAAUACUGGUUGAUCUUUCAACAACAUUUGGUUUGAGAAAACGUUAAAAAAUGGUGAAAGGAUACAUCGCACCUGGAUGUGUUUCUCUCCAACCAAAAACUCCUUGUGCUGUUUUUGCUGUAUUUUGUUCCCACAAAACAGCUGUCAAACUGCCUUUAGCACUUAGUGCUUAUGAGAAAUAAAACGCGUCAGUAUCUUAUUUCUCAGUGUAAAGAUGCAAAAUAUUACAGUUUGAUGUUCGAUUCAACUCCGGAUUACGCACAUGAAGAACAGAUGUCCCAAGUUAUUAGGUUCGUUGAAGUAGAGAAGUCUUCUUCGACUUCAUCCCUCUAAAAAUCAAAAUUGCAGAAGGAAUCACUAAAGCCAUUAUAGACAAACUGGAUGUAGAUGGAUUAGACCUGAAAAAUUGCAGAGGGCAAUCGUAUGACAGCGCACCAACAAUGGCCGGAAUACAUACAGGGGUUCAGCAAAGGAUUUUCGACCUAAAUCCUCAAGCUGAAUUUGUUCCUUGUGACAACCAUUCUCUCAAUUUGGCUGGAGUUCACGCAGCUCACGUUAAUGUCCAGGUGGGAUAUUCUGAAACAAUACGUGGAAAUAACUGUCAAAAGACAUUGUGAAACCAAAUGGAGUUCAGAAGCUCAAGCUGUUAAACCAGUAUCAACGCAAUUAGACGAAGUCAUUUCGGCGCUGGAACAAUUGAGAGAUUCGGUUGCUGAGAAUAUUGACACCAGACAAGACGCAGCUUUAGUCAUUAAUGCCAUUGAAACGUUCAGUUUCGUCGCACUUUUCUUUUUUUGGGCGGAAAUUCUCGAAUCUUUUGAUAAAGUUCAAAGAAAGUUACAAGAAAAAGGAAUGACUUUCACUCAUGUAUUGGGACAACUGCAAAUAUUGGUGGAUAAACUGAAUGACUGGAGGACCAGUUUGUGCGAUCAAACAAUAGUCAAAGCCAAAAAUAAGUGCGAACAGUGGGGUGUUACUAUUAUCAAGAGAAUUCGGAAGAAGCGAAAUAUGCAUGGGGAAAUAUCUGAAGAUGCUGGUUUGAAUUCAAAAGAAGAAAUGCGACGCUGUAUGAUCGAAAUUCUGGAUAAGCUAUCAAUGGAAAUAUCCACCCGUUUCACAAAUUUGGAAAAGCUUAAUGACCGUUUUGGUUUUCUUUGUGAUUUUGAAAGAAUUAUAGAAUUAACCAAAGACUCAUACAAUGACAAACUAGUCGAAAUUAAAGAAAAAUGCCAGCAACUUGCCGAAUCCUAUCCAGAUGACUUGGAUAACGAAGAUUUAUACAGGGACAUCCAAGACGUCCUACUUUUAUUAAAGAGAGCGCAGAAAAACGAAGAACAAAUUGGAUUUUCGCCAGAAAAAGUUUUAUUAUACAUUUCUUCAAUGGGACUGGAAGCCUACAAGACGUUAGCGACAGCUGUAAGAAUACUACUCACUAUACCUGUAUCAGUUGCAUCUUGUGAAAGGUUUUUUAGCAAACUUAAACUGAUCAAAUCUUACUUGAGAUCGACCAUGAGUCAGAGAAGACUGUCCAAUCCGAUUCUCUCAAUAGAAUGUGAAACUGCUUCAACUUUAAAUUACAAUGAUAUGAUAUGUGAUUUUAAAGAUGUAAGCCAAAAGAUUAUUACAUUGUGA